GACCAACCCAAACCCUAGCUUUUGUCUCUUUACAUCUCUCUUUUUCUAGACUUUUCUCUUUGUGAAGUCCAUACGAUAUGGCGUCGUUCAAUGAGGCUCCUCCCGGUGACACUAGGGCUGGAGAGAAGAUCUUCAAGACCAAGUGUGCCCAGUGCCACACCGUCGAGAAAGGCGCCAGUCACAAGCAGGGACCCAAUCUUAAUGGACUGUUUGGAAGGCAAUCUGGUACAACACCCGGAUACUCCUACUCUGCUGCUAACAAGAAUAUGGCUGUGAUUUGGGAGGAAAAGACAUUGUACGAUUACCUGCUCAACCCCAAGAAGUACAUUCCUGGAACGAAGAUGGUUUUCCCUGGUUUGAAGAAGCCACAGGAGCGUACCGACCUCAUUGCAUACUUGAAGGAAUCCACUGCUGCUUGAAACACAUGCUGACGCUCUGUUUUCCCCUACCAUGCCAUGCCAUGCCAUUUUGCUGUUGUUGGAGAUUUUUUCACAAACCGGAGAUAGUACUAUUUUUUUAUCCAAUAAAUCAAAUAGACUAUAUAGGCCACUAGCCCUGCUCUCUGUAAAAUGGGCAUUGCUAGUCAUUGUUUAUUUGAGAUAAAAGGUUGCUACAUUGGCAAACAUUUCAAUUCAAUUCAAUUUUCUGGUUAUAAUUAAUUUUUCAUGAAUACUUUUUGGUGAA